AUUGGACGUCUAAUUGAUUGUUUCCAACUGUUAUUAGGCCCGUAGUGACAAAGUUUUUCGUAAUUAAUACGACAACCGAAUUUUCUAAGAAUUCUAGCGUAGUGUAAACUUGGUUUCCAUACAAUAAAUAUAUAAAUACGAACAGUUUCACAUUCUUUCUUAAAAUUUAAUAAAGUUUUGUUAAACCCAAAAAAAAAAAACGUAAACGUUGACCACUUCUCGGGUUCCAGGUGUGAGCAAGAUCUUCAACAUUGCUCUCCUCUAUUCUGCAGCUAAUAUUUACAAACCUAUACUUUUUCACUAUUUUAAGAUUUUGUAUCGCCCGCAUAUUUGAUAUUUAUUGAAAGAAAAGGAUGGCCCGCGGUCAACAAAAACUUCAAUCCCAAGCCAAGGCUGCUGAAAAGUUGUCAAAAAUGAAAAAACAACAAGGACAUAGCGCUACUGACCAAAAGAAAGCUGCGCAAAAGGCAUUAGUGCAUGUGUGUGUGGUGUGUAAGGCACAAAUGCCAGAUCCCAAGACAUACAAACAACACUUUGAAAAUAAACAUCCCAAGAAUGAUCUACCAGAAGACUUAAAGGCUAUUUAAAUAAGUCUAUCUCAAUUAUUAUAUCACCAUUUAUUUUGUAUGUAUAUGCAUUUAAACAACUUUAAAUAAACACUGUACUUCCAUACCUCCAUUGCAGUAUUAAAUUGUAUCACUACAU